AUGCACCCCAGGUUGACUGAUGCCUCCGACAACGACAACGACGGGCUCCCCGUCAUCCUCCUGCUCGUCUUCGCCCUCGAGAUGGUCCGCGGGAAGAUCGAUGGUGGGGAGUCGAGGCAUCGAGAGGGCGCGGUUGUGCGGAACAACGUUGACAACAUCGGCGGAGGACCAGACCGGAUCAAAAUAGUCAAAAGUCAGCAAGGGACUCGCAACUUCGCCGCCAGACGCGAAGAGUCCGCGAGAUAUGAAGAGGCACUGCGCAAGCCUCGAGGUUGGGGCAGGGAGACAACUUGAUCAUUGGAACCGCGAGAGUGUGCCGAGACAGGAAGGCGAUGGCGAUGAACAACGCUGACCUUAGGACCCGCCGGACACCUCUCGCGGGAAGCGUUUCUGUCCC